GCGCCUGGAGGCACCAGCGUGCCUUCCGCGCUCUGCCAUCCGCUGGCACCGCCGCCAGGCCGUCCGGCCGCCAGCCCCAGCCCCGAGGACACGAGCGGCGCAGCCAGCCGCCCCCGCGAUCCCUGGUCUGCUCUGCAGCCCCCAGGGGACCUAGUACCCGUGAGCAGGUAGGGACACCGGGCCUGCAGCGCAGGGGGGCGGCGUGUGGAACAUGACUCCAUCACCCAGUGCUUCUCCCGCCACCGGAGGCCACACCAACCUGUGCCCAUGGCCAGCACAGGGCCGUCGCUUUCUGGCGCCUUUGACAUUCUAGGCGCGGUGGGCCAGGAUAAGCUCUUGUAUCUUAAGCACAAGCUGAAGACCCUGCGGCCAGGCUGCCGGGGGGCGGACCUCCUGCAUGCCCUGGUGCUCCUAAAGCUGGGCCAGGAGACCGAGGCCAGGAUCUCCCUGGAGGCGCUGAAGGAGGACGCCGUGGCGAAGCUGGUGGCCCACCAGUGGGCUGGUGUGGACAGCACUGAGGCCCCAGAGGAGCCCCCAGACAUGUCCCGGGCCGUUGCCAGGAUGUACCACCUUCUUGCCGAGGAGAGGCUGUGUCCAGCGCCAAUGCGGGAGGAGGCCUACCGUGCAGCCGUCCGUGCUUUCAGGUCCAGGGACGACCCACAGCUGGGGGAGCUCCAGGAAGAGGCACGAGACCGGUGCGGAUGGGACGUCCUUAGGGACCUGGAGGCCAUCCAAACUCUCCACUCCGAUCUGGGGUGCCUCCUGCCGUCCUCAGCAUCACCCUCCAGGACCCGCAGCGAUCCGCGGCCCAUCGAGGACCUUUCGGACUGGAGCAGAGGGCAUUCCCUGAGAUCCACCGGCAGCCCGGCCUCCCUGGCCAGCAACUUGGAAAUUAGCCAGUCGCCCACCAUGGCCCUCCUCAGCACUCACCACAGCCCCCACGGGCCCAGCAAGCUGUGUGACAAGCCCCGGGCCAGCCCGGUGCCCAAGCCUGCCCCUAUGGGCUGCCAGGAGCCCGAGGAGAUGAGCUGGCCCCUAUCAGUGGAGGCUGCCGGGCCCCCGGUGCGGCCAAACAGCCCAGCCCCCAGGCUUCCCGAGGUGGCCGCAGAUGCAUGCCCCGCCAGCCUGCACGACCCCCCGGAAGCUCCAAAAACCAGCAGUCACUACUCGGUGGAGUGCACGGAUGUGCCAGCAGCUCCCAAAUCUCUCCCCUCGCCUUCCAGAAACGCCUGCCCUGUCGCGGAUCAGACGCCAAUCCAACUUUCAGAGGAAGACACCACUUACCCGGCGGCUCAGCCACGCCCACCGACUCCAUCGGCCCCCAAAACGUCCCCUCCCUUUUCGUCUCCAUCGACCCCUCCUAAGGCUCACCCUACCGUCUCGAAGCCGGGGCCCCCUCCUCCUGAGCUGGAGUCGCCGGAGCAGAAGUUCUAUAACUUCGUGGUGCUGCACGCUGGCGCUGACGAGCACAUCGCGCUGCGCGUGCGCGAGAGGCUGGAAGCCCUGGGCGUGAGCGACGGCGCCACCUUCUGCGAAGAUUUCCAGGUGCCAGGGCGCGGCGAGCUGCACUGCCUGCAGGACGCCUUAGACCACUCGGCCUUCACCAUCCUGUUGCUCACCUCCAACUUCGACUGCCGGCUGAGCCAGCACCAGGCGAACCAGUCGCUGAUGAGCAGCCUCACGCGGCACGGGUGGCAGGAUUGCGUGAUCCCCUUCCUGCCCUUGGAGAGUUCCCUGACCCAGCUCAGCCCCAGCACGUCCAGCCUGCUCACCGCCCUGGUGUGGCUGGACGAGCACUCCCCGAUCUUCGCCAAGAAGGUGGCCAACACCUUCAAGUCCCAGAAGCUGCGGGCCCGCAAGGCCAAGUGGAGGAAGGAACAGGAUGUCCGGGCCCUGCAGGAGCACAGCCAACACCUGGAGGGUGAGCGGCAGCAGGCAGCGGCGUGGAGUGCCGCACAGUCAGCUUACUUCCAUAACUACCUGUCCUACCAGAGGCAGAUGGAGAAGCUCCAGGUAGCUUUCAGGAGCUACAUGCCAUUUGAGACUCGGCAGCCUCCUGUGCUUCAGGCGCCCUUUGGGGGACCGGGGCCCCUCGGAGGCCCACCACCAGCCUUUCCCACCCGGCCGGGCCAUCAGCCGCCAUCCCUGCCUCCUUGGCUGGCGGGCAUGCCCCCACCGGCUUUCCUGCAGCCCCCCAUGGCUUUCCCGCAGCCCCAGGCCUUCCCGCAGCCUGCGGACUUCCCACAGACUUCACCUGUGCACCCUCAGAGCUCUGGGCUGCAGCCCCUCAUCAUACAUCAUGCACACAUGGUACAGCUGGGACUCAACAACCAUAUGUGGAACCAGAGAGGGACGCAGGCGCCCGAGGACAAGACGCCAGAAACGGAAUGACCAAGUGAGUGGACCUGAUAACCUCGGCCUUGAUUCCCCAUCUCCAGGGGUCAGUGGAACAUGGGGUCAUUUGCUACUUUCAGGACACUGCCGAGAAAAUUGACCCCAUGACUUUCUGGCCCUCCAGGUAGCCAGAAUUGGAUUUGUUUACAAAUUCUCAGUCAAUCCCUCCCUCUCUCUGGA